AUCAAGCCUCUGAUUGGCUAGAUAUUGAAAAAAAGGCGGGGUUCUGAUGUAAAGGGGAGGGUUAUAGUAAGUACUGUAAUGUUUCCUUGUAUCAGCGUGAGGCAAAACGAUAUUUUUCUUUGGCUGGACACAAAAUAUAUAAUAGAAAUAGUUUUAUAUCUAAGAUUACUUUUUUUAUGAAUAACGGCUUAUAUCUAGUCAGGCGGUUUCAUCUCAGUAUAUUCACUGUUUGUUUUUUUAUUUAUAUUAUAUUGUAAAUCUUUAUUCGCGUCGAUGGGGACUGAGUUGCUUUCUGAACUGGACAGUCGCUUUUUUGCUGACAAUCUUCUGACAAGCGAAGACUGGGAUGCCUGUCUGUAUAACUGUGAGAGUAUGGAGGAAGGAGAGGAGCCUGCUGACUGUCUACAGAGACUGCACUACGACUCCAUGUUUGAUAAUGAUCUGGUUUUGACGCUGGACCCAGAAAAUGUGCGGUCUCCAUGGAAACAAGCAAACGAAGACAUACUGACAGUUCUUCAGGUGAAGUCUGAACCAGCCUCCCCAGCCUCCUCCCACUGCUCAGCUUCCUCCCUGUCCUCCAACACAGACACACUCCUCUGCCAGCAGGGUGUGGUCUCUAACGGGACAGUUGAUGGGGUGAAGGCUGAGAACCCCCCUACACCCCCCUACAUGUUUGGGGACAUCCUGACGCCCCCCCUCAACACCGUGCAGAUCAGCAUCCCCACUACCACAGGGGAUACCAAAGCACCUCUUCAUUCCACGAGCUCUCGGAAAGCCAGUACGAUCCUGAGCAGCAAGCCGGCGAUCCAGCCCAAACCAGUAUGUGUGACCGCCAUCCCAGUAGCACAAACCAGCAGCCCGGCCAAAACCAUCAUCCUGCAACCAAUACAGAGCAUCGAGCAGACACUGCCAGUCUCCAUUCCCCCAGUUGUUCUGUCCCAGUCAGACCUGCUGCACCUCGGCCCAGUUCCCAGUUUGAUUAAAGUGGAGCCCACAUCACCAGUCACUGGAGCCACUGGUCCCAGCACCACCCCCUUCAACAGCGCUGCCGGCAAAGCAGUAACCAGCAAACCCAUUGUACCAGCACCUUGUCAUACUGGGACCAGCAGCUUCGACAUUGAUGUGAAGGUGCUGAGGAGGCAGCAGCGCAUGAUAAAGAACCGCGAGAGCGCCUGCCAGUCCCGCAAGAAGAAGAAGGAAUACCUGCAGGGUCUGGAGACCAAACUACAGGAGGCGCUGUGUGAGAACGAGAGGCUGAGGAGAGAGAACACAGCGCUCAGGAAGAGACUGGACUCCUUCAUCACAGAGGGUUCUGAUACGGUCCGGUUGGGCUCGGCUGGCAGCAGGAAGGCUGUGUGUGUGAUGGCCGUGCUGCUCUUCAUCGCGUUUAGCUUCGGACCCGUCAGUAUCACGGACAGGAAGUUGAAGCCGGCAAGACAGGAAGGAGCAGUGCCUCCUACAGGAAGACACCUUUUGGAGUUCCAGCAGAGACAGGAAGUGGAGCGAGAGCAGGAAAGAGAGAGGGAGAGAGCGAUCACAUUGCAGGAGGAGGAGGAGGAGGAAAAGAGGGGGAUGGUUGAAGGCGAUGAGCAGAGCGAGAGAGCUGGUAAACGAGCACUGUUCAGGAAUGUGACGGCUGCGUUCUCGGAUGUGAAGGACCUUGUUCUCAGAGACAUCGACCGGCUCUUCACCUCCACAGACUGCCGGCAGUUCAACCGGACCGAGUCUCUCAGGCUGGCUGAUGAGCUGAGGGGCUGGGUCCACAGGCACCAGAUCAACCGCAAGAAAGGAGAAAAAAGCCCCAGGGCAAAGAAAGCCAAGAUAGCUCAGAAAGCCCAGCAGAGGAAGAUUAACCUGGCAAGAUACCUUCCAGUACAUCCACAGAGGACGCUUGACAGAGUCCCCUCCAGUCAGCUGCAGCUCUACCCCGGACUCCAGCCCAGGCACCAGGACUUCAUGGAAGCCAUCGACCGCAGAGAGGACACUUUCUAUGUGGUGUCAUUCAGGAGGGAUCACCUGCUGCUCCCCGCUAUCAGUCACAACAAGACCUCGCGCCCCAAGAUGUCUCUCGUCAUGCCAGCCAUGGCACACAACGAGACUGUGUAUAACUCCUCUCGCGGGUACGAGGUGAUGAUGCAGAUAGACUGUGAGGUGAUGGACACGCGCAUCAUCCAGAUAAAGAGCUCCACAGUGCCCCCUUCCCUGAGAGAGCAGCACAGCACCCACAAUGGCACCGCCUCCUCCCUGCACAGUCACCAGGGAAACCAGCAUGCCACACCCACCCAGCCUGACCCCGCCCUCUACAUCACACACGGGGGCGGAGACUGAAACAGGCUGCAGGACAGAGGAAACUUCAUAAAAACGUUUACAAAUUAGGCCAUUUAGCCCAUCAGUGCUGAUCAGAAACAUAACUAGGUAACCCAUUCCGUACCUGUAAUAUCAGGGAUGGAAAUAAGACUCCCAUUCUGCUUUUACUAUGAGUUUAAUAAGCUUGUUGCCUGUUGUUAUUAUUAUUAUUAUUAUUAUUAUUAUUAUUAUUAUUAUUAUUAUUAUUAAUUAGUCAUUUAGCAGAUGCUUUUUUUUUUAUCCAAAGCGACUUACAAAGAAUAGGGGGUGAACUAUGCAUCACAACUGCUGCUGCAGAGUCACUUGCGGUUAAGUGACUUGCUCAGGGUCACACACAGCGAGUCAGUGGCUGAGCUGGUAACAAGCCUCUUUGUUUAACCACUGGACCACCAAGCCUCCUAUACACUGUGGCUAAUCAAGCUUAUAUUAAAAACCUCCAGUGGGUGAAACUGCUAUGCAAUAGGAGUCGUAUUUCCAUCCCUGAAUAUAAUUUCAGAUUCACUUUUUUAAUCUAAUCCACACUAGAUGGCGCUGGCUCCUACUGUUAUAUCCACAUUUUGACUUUGGUCAUCUAGCCUGUGUUGCAUGUAUCUGGGACAGGCAAUAAGAAGCUCUCAGAAUGAUUGCAAACAUCUGAAAAAGGUGAGGGGGGCAGUAAAAAAAGAAAAUAAACAUAAUUUAACAUCUUUUAUUAUUACAAAACUGAGAACAACUUGAGAAGGUAAAGAGAGCUUGAAUUAGAUUUGCUUGUUCAAAAAAAGUAUGAGUUACUGCUGUUUGAACCCAUGAAACGGACAUAGGUCAAGAUAGACACCGGCAAUCAAAAAUCAAAUCAGAGAAUAAUCCUGUGCUUCAGGAACUGAGACGGGAUUAAAAUUGCCCUCUUUUUAUUUGUGUGUGUGUGUG